AUGUCGUUGAAAAUCAUCAUCAUUGGCGCCGGCCUGGGGGGAUUGGCAGCAGCCAUCUCGAUCAAGACCGAAUCACCCAAUCACGAGGUCCUGGUCCUAGAAUCUGCCCCGGCUCUAGCGGAGAUAGGCGCGGGCCUUCAACUCACACCAAAUGCGACUAGGCUUUUGGAACGAUGGGGCUUACAGCCUCGACUCCAGAACCUCGUUACCUGCCCCGAAAUAUUCACAAUUCAUCGCUACAGCGAUGGGAAGCUCCUCGGCCAACGGCAACACUUUGGACAGGAGAUGCUGAGGAAAUAUCGAGCGAAUUUUUGGGACACUCAUCGAGCCGAUCUCCAGCUUGUUCUAUACGACCGCGCUGAGAGCUUGGGAGUCAAAUUUCGAUUCGGUGUGUUAGUUGAAGGACACAAUUUCAAGGUGCCAGAGCGGCUGACGGCAAGGAACCAUCUUUCCAAAACUCCCUUCAAACGAUCGCUAACCUCGUCAGGGCUUUGGUCGAAAUGUCGCGCGAGCUUUCUAGGGAAACCGAGCCCCCCGAUUCCGACAGGCGAUCUUGCAUACCGCAUCGUGCUACGGGUCGAAGAUAUUGACGACAAGGACUUGAGAGAAUUUGCCUCCGUCCCUAGGGUAUGCCUCUGGGUUGGGCCGGACUGUCAUGCCAUUUACUAUCCGUUAAGAAACAACACCAUGUGCAAUGUCGUCCUUCUUGUCCCAGACAAUCUCCCCGAAAAUGUGGCCAAGGCUUCAGGUGACCUUGGAGAGAUGCAUGAGAUCUUCAAGGAUUGGGAUCCGCGUUUGAGGAAGUUGCUGGCACUAGUCAAGCAAGUUGACAAGUGGAAAUUGAUGCACCUCGAUGAGAUGGAGCGAUGGUAUAACGAUGAAGCUACCGUGGUGUUUCUAGGGGAUUCGUGCCAUCCUAUGCUACCGUACAUGGCUCAAGGGGCAGGAUCAGCCUUGGAAGAUGGAGCCACACUGGGUAUCUUGCUCUCAAAGGCUGCAUCCCGUCAAGACCUCCACGAGACCUUGAAGAGAUACGAGAGUCUGAGGAAGCCUCGAAGCUUGGUCCUCCAGAAAGGAAGCAUGAGACAGAGAUACUGGAAUCACUUGCGGGACGGCCCUACGCAGAAGAAUCGAGAUCUCUUAGCUGAGCAGCAGUUCCAGGAACCCCAGCCUGGAUACCCAUUCUACUGGAUUGAUCCAGAAAUGCAGUCUCGGGUCUACGGGUACGAUGUUGUGGAAGAGCUCAAAAAAGCAGGUGUCGACACUGGCAAGUUCGAUCACCGCAAUCGGAGUCCUUUGCUUAGCAAGGUCUAG